AUCUGCGCUUUGUUUUAUACCGACUGCUGCUCUGUUACUUUAUGCACUAGCACACUCUAUAAGGAAACUUUGGGAAACAGCAAAGUACAUGCAACCCCGCCCAUGGAGAACGUCAUUGAUGAUUUUAACCAAUUAUAACAGGUUGUUGAGUGUAGACGUCAUAUUUUACAUCGUAAAGUCUCUGCAUCGCUCUGUGUGACAGCAUCUUUUUAUUUACAAAAGCUUAUAUGAUAAUCUGACAUGGAUAAACCUUAUCGAUUAUUCUGCAUUUUACUUGUUUUAUUUGUGUCUAAUCUGUCCAACGCCCUCGAGUGUUAUGUGUGUACAGAGCAAGAGGGUAACACUGAAAAGUGUUUAAAUACCAUUAAAACCUGUGAACAGGGUGAAGAUGCGUGUUUGACAGAUAUUAAAUGGGGAAGUACACCGUACUGGCACCAUGGUGCAAAAAAACAAUACUAUAUCUCAAAACGAUGUGUAGCGAAGAAUGAAUGUGAGAGAAUCAGAGCAAAAACUAUGGAUGACUGCACGUAUGUAUGGUACCAAGAUUGGCACUGCUCCGAUUGUUGUCAGGGUGACCGAUGUAAUUACUACAUAUUCUCGCAUGGGACCAGAAGCCUUGCUGGGCCCUUUAUAGUCUUAAUUGCUGCUCUGGUACCACUGCUUGGAAACUGGAAUGUCCAGUGAUAGCCAGUUCAUUGGAGCCUUUAGCUGUGUCUCUGAAAACUGACGUUUUAGUCAGCUACUAAACGCGAACUACUAAGAGUAAUCUCUUUUCACUUGAAUACAUUAAGUACAAGAAUAAUGCAGGUCAUAGUAAUGGCAAAACAAUAAUUCGCUGCACCAGUAUGAACUAUGGCUAUUAUAUACCUCCUGUAUGUAUGUAGCAUUAUAAUAUUUAUGUGGCCUGUAACUUGACGUGUGGUCACAUAGCAAAAUAGAUUGCGUGUAGUAGCUUGCAUAGACUACAUAUCAUAAUUACGAAAUGAAUACAUCAUCAUUUGUAUACUCAGAGCUUCAUUAUAAAGUUUCAAAUUAUGACAAGUUUAUAACUGGCCGAGUGCCUUCAAAAAUUAAUUUAAUUAACGAUUUUUUAUUCCAAUUUUGUAAUUAUACAUUUUUACUGUAAGGGAACCGUAAUCCGUCCAUUGGAAAACAAAUAUAUACUUUUACAAUAA